UGUCGUUGUAUAAGCACGAUUCCAGUUAAUCGUCUUGUUAAUUAUCCAAUAGAUGUCAGGGUUUUGUUAUUAUUAAUUGACGUACAAUGGAGGGGUUUUUGAGUAUAAAUUGGGAUAAGGCUGUUGAUGAAUCAAGCAGUUUUUUCCCCAAAGAUGUUUUUGAAAGUUCCUCUGCAGCAUUUCACUCCCUCCAUGGUAUCCCUCAGUCUCCUUGGUCAAACGAAGAACAACUUGUUAUGAAAACAAAUUCAGGAGGCAAAACAUGGUCUCCUAGUAAGUUAAAACGUGAAUCUGUGCAAGGUCCAGGUGGCCAAGGACAGGUGCUGAAAAUCCAAUUACCAGUGCCAUUUCCAAAAAAAUCGAUUCUGAAUGCUGGAGAGCAAAAAGAUUAUUUGUUCACGAUCAAUAACAUCAUGAGAUCAUUUAAUAAAGGAGUUCCAGCUGAAGCAAAUGAUUUUAUUCAUAUGAAGGAGACACAAAUAAGGCUUAAAGAUGAAGUACAGGAAUUUCAAAUAUUUGCUCAAACCAUCAUGAAGAACAAUCCAUCUGCCUACACUAAUUUAGAUCCUGGAAUUGCUAAAUAUGUCAAUGAUGCUUGGAAGACUAGAUUAGCAACUGUACAUCUGCAUCCAUCUUUUUACAAGCUCAUAGGAAAUAUUACUCUUAUACCCAAGGAGAACAUCAUAACCCUAGACAUGACUUUAGAUAAAACUGUUUUGGAAUUAGGCCAAAUUCCCUAUCAGAUUUUCCCUAAGAUGAAUACGGUAGUAAAAGUAGAACGAAAACAAAAUGUCAUAAACAAUCGAUAUCCAACAAACGCUCUCGAAAAUGAAUAUCAAGUGAGUAAAGAUAGGAACGCUGCUAAACUUGCUCCCAAAUACGGAGCCAGUAUUGCCAUUAGUUCGAAUACCUUGUCCUCCCUUGCAGGAAAUGUCGGUCCUCUUUUUCGACGUGCAUGGGAUAUUCCGAUAACAGUAAAGGAAAUUUUUGUUCAAGGCAAAAUUAAAAAAGUUAUUUUUGUUGAUGAACCGCUUCCUCCAGCCGAGAUGUCUGUGGUCGAAAAAAAUGCCUUCUUCAAUAGAUUUGCCAUUAAGCGUCAGUUUAGCACCGUAAUUUCCAAAUGCUACAAAUACCCUGGGUCGGGCAAAAAAUACGGACAUUCAGAAUCAAUUGGAGAAAAUCCCUUGAAUGUCACAGAAGACCUCCCUGAAGAUAUAUUUGAAUCUCAUGACGUGAAUCUUGACAGUAUUGAAACAUUUGGCGUUGAAAAGAGCACACCCCAUCAAUCCGAAACUUGCUUACUUGGCAAUUCAAAAAACGUCGGUUUUCAAGAAGGACAAAUUCCAGAAAUAACAGAGAAGAUUAAAAUCUUGGAGAAGGAUGAAUCCACUGUUUGCGAUUCAGAUUCAUCAGGAAUGUCGCUAGUUAUUGAUACAGGAAGUGAGUAUGGUCAGUCUCCUAAGAAAAAGAGAAAGACUACUGGGGAACACAUUUCAAGUGCCGUAAACGAUGCUAGUUCACGAAUUAUAAAGGGUAAACUUUGUGAAAAUAAUAUCAAGAGUCCACUUAAAGCCAGUCAAAGCACAACAACCAAUUUGCUCAACGUCAUUCUUAAGGAUCAAGAAAAAAUGAUGCAAUCACAGCGAAAGCAAAACCCGAAAAACACUUCAACUAUUUCAAAAGAGAAUCCCCAGAAAUAUUUUCAACCCAAAAAGAACGAAAACCUAACUUACAGAACAUGGGACUUAAAAGUUAAUGAAAAAUCAGUUCGCCUUCUUGUCCGAUCUUCCGUUGACACGGCAAUAGCUAAACCCGAUAACCCAUUGAAAACGUUUUUAAUGGUUCCCAAAACUGAAUACCAACCUUGGUACGGAGCAGAGUGCUACUCUCCCCGUGAAAUAAAUGAGCAAUGGAUGGAUUUGUAUCUGAGACCAGAAUGCAACCUUCUUCGCAUGCGUUUGGAUGCGUACUCCGGCCAUUUACUUGUUCACGAACAAAAGGACGUUGCAUGUCUUGAAGCUGAGAAUAGUUUUCAGUAUGGAACCCAGAACAAACCAGCAAAUUGUCUGAAAAACGUAUGGGCUGUCCUUUCUUCCCUAUGCGAUCUGAAUUUAAGCCCCGGGAAGUUCCUGCUUAGACAUGGAUUUCACGAUGGAAUCUGUAUACAAGUGUGGGAAUCGACCGAUAAGGAAUCCUCAUCACUAGAUCUACACCAAAUUUACGCGGAAAUAGAUACCACUGCCAACGCAGUUCGUGAUGUAGGUGAAAAUUGGGUAGCGCUCGAUCCUUACGCUGUGUUGCCUAUCCAGCGAGCGCUCUUCCGACCACCCCUUACGUUCGAACCCGAAGAAGGUUUCAAGAAGAUAAUACGAAAAAAAGGUGGUGGGAAAAAGAAAAAAAACAAGAAGAAAGAAAGUACGGCCAAAACCGCUCCAUGAUACUGCAUAACUUACCGUUCACUACGAUCUCUUUUUUUGUGUGGCAAAAACCAGACAAUGGCGAUGCUCCAGUUUCCUAUUGCUCCUUCCGUUGUUAUUAAAAGAAGAUGAUGCUCACUUCUUUCUUUGGCAACCCCGAAUAAUGCAAAAAUAAAUAUGUUAAAUUAAA